AUGAGCUACAAAUUGAAUUCAGACGUCCGGCUGCUUUACGGUCGCAUCCAUCCGGAAUCGACGGCCCCAGAAACACUUGAAGAGACGCACCGGAUGAUUGAAGCGAUGCAUCUUCCAUCCGCCAGGAAUUAUGCUGCCAAUAACACGCGCCCGGUCGUUUGGAUGGCGUCUCAUUGCACCACAAACAGUUUGCGAGAAAGGUACGUCAAACAACUGAGCAAAUACAUUCCGGUCGAUAUUUACGGCGGAUGCGGCAAUUUCAGUUGCCCUCACAGCAAAACAAAUUUCGUGUCUGAUCCAAAAUACUACGAAAUGAUGGAAACGGAAUACAAAUUCUACUUGUCCUUUGAAAAUUUCAUCUGCAACGAUUACGUGAUGGAGAAAUUCUUUGAAAUCAUGAACCACAAUAUCGUUCCUAUCGUUUACGGUGGGCCCAAUUACAGCCAGUUCGCCCCCCAUCAUUGGUACAUCAACGCCCUGGAUUUUACUCCGGAGAAACUGGCCCAGUACCUGCUAUUGCUCAACGCCAACGACAAUUUUUACAACGAAUAUUUCUGGUGGAAGGAUCACCAACGAGUGGAAAGUGGAGUGGUGCAAAUGGCGCAACACGCUUUCUGCGAUCUGUGCAAGAAACUUCACGAGGACGAAAAAAUAACCAAGUAG